CGUGAAUCCAGCUUCAGCUCCUUCCAUCCCACUGAUAGUGACAAAUAUAAAGAGCCACUUGGAGAGCAGAGAUUUGCUUUUCUGGGCAUAGGUACCUGGUUUCCAUAGCAGGUACUAGCAGUUCACUUUGGCUGGGAUUAGAACAGAGCAGUAAAGUUAGUUGCCAGUGGCACCUGCAGCAACUCACUUGCCUCUUUUCCAGCAGAAACAGCGUUAUUUCUGGACCAUGAUCUUUCUCUGUCGGUGGAAUGUCUUGGAUGCACUAAUAAUGGUUCUGUUGCAAGGCUGGGUGCAGUCUAUGAGUCAGGAGUAUGAUUACUACAGCUGGCCUUCAGAUAACUUUCAGCAUGGACGCUUCUAUGCCAAGCAAUCACAGUGUAUGGACAUCCCAGCUGAUCUGCAGCUCUGCCAUAAUGUGGGUUACAAACGUAUGCGCUUACCUAAUCUGCUGGAGCAUGAAUCUAUGCCUGAGGUCAAGCAACAAGCCAGCAGCUGGGUACCUCUCCUGGCCAAGAGAUGCCACUCAGACACACAAGUUUUCCUUUGCUCUCUAUUUACACCCGUCUGCCUGGACCAGCCCAUCUAUCCAUGCCGUUCCUUAUGUGAAGUUGUGCGUGAUUCAUGUGCGCCUGUCAUGGAAUCCUAUGGCUUCCCCUGGCCUGAUAUGCUCAACUGCAACAAAUUUCCCUUUGACAACGACCUCUGCAUCACAGUGCAGUUUGGAAACAACCAAGUUACUCAGCCACCAGUGUCAAAGAUUUGCACCCAGUGUGAGAUGGAACAUAAAGCGGAUGGCAUCAUGGAGCAGAUGUGUUCCAGUGACUUUGUGGUGAAGAUGCGCAUCAAGGAGAUCAAAAAGGAAAAUGGGGAGAGGCGAUUAGUGGCCACUCAAAAGAAAAAAAAACUGCUCAAAGUGGGGCCAUUGAAACGCAAGGAUACCAAAAAGCUGGUACUGUAUAUGAAGAAUGCAGGCACCUGUCCUUGCCCUCAGCUUGAUGACCUCAGUGGCAGCUUUCUGGUUAUGGGCCGCAAAGUGGGUGGGAGACUGCUAGUCUUGGCCAUUUACCGCUGGGAGAAGAAGAACAAGGAAAUGAAAUUUGCAGUUAAGUUCAUGUUCUCUUAUCCAUGUUCCUUGCACUAUCCAUUCUUUUAUGGAUCAGACCCACACUGAAAGGGCCACACACAAAUAUCCUUUUUCUGUGGGCAAGCUGACAUCAAGAUACAAGCUGUUAGAGCCCAUUUUUCUGAGGAUUCUGUUUUCCAUAGGAUAAUUGAGUUUGAUUAAAAAUAUUCUGAAGAAUCCUGCACGUUGUUGAUACUCAUAUGACUUCAGAGAUCUUACAGAAAUUCUUCCUUAUCCUUGAUAUACCAUCAGCUGCCAAAUAAGAAAAGUCUUUGUGGCUUUGAAUAAUAACAUCAUCACACUCAGUGUAUCCUCCUUUCAUCUGAAUUGCUCAGUGUUUUAAUGGAAACAUAUAAUUAAACUGAAACAUUUGAAAUUAA